CAAGUAGAUACCUACUUGUGCCCGCCCACCACCACGCCUCCCCGAUACAGAGCAGGAUUUCCCUGACUGGGGUACAACCAUGGACACCGCGUCCAUCGUCGUACCCUCCGCUAUGGCCGACUCGGUCCCAUAUACGAACGGGCACUCCUCGCCGAUCGCGUCAGAUACCGCUAUGCCGUCUGCUCCUUCACCGCCUAGCGAGGAUGCCCUCUCCGAGACCCAAGAGGCUGCCGCCGCAUCGUCAGACGAAGAUGGAGAUGCCGACGCCGAUGGAGAGGAAUAUGAAGAGGACGAGCAGAUGGAAGUUGAUGCAGAGACUUCAGAAGACGCCGAGGGCGAGGCGGACAGUGAUUUUGGCUCUGACAGCCCGCCGCCUGAAGAGGACCGCCGCCGCGCCCGCAGCUCAACAUCGCAAGGUUCAAGCCGGCCCAGCAAGCGCAAAGCCAGCGUGGAGGACGAUUUCGAGGCGAAUCCAGAGCUGUAUGGCCUGCGUCGGAGCGGCCGAGCACGUCCAACCCGUCGCAUUGUCGAUAGCAGCGAUGAGGACGAUGGUUCGGAUUCUGAUGUGCCGCGCAAGCGCCAAAAGACCGCAUCACGGAAAGCCUCUAACCAACCUACACCCGUCUACCGCUCUACGAAUACCGAUUCCGACGAAUCCGACGGCUUCGUCGGGGCCCGUCGCGACAUCCCGAGCAAGAAGGAGCGACAGCGCCGGCAGCUCGUAGCUGAGGGCCAGCUGCCGCCUUCACACGCCGAGGUCCGAUUCUCAGCGCGACGGACAAAGGCUAUUACGAACUACAACGAGGAUGGCGAGGAGUCUUUCGAGGAAGAGGAAGACGAGAUGACCCCCAACUACUGGGCUGCCGCUGCCACCGAAGACACUGGUCCUGCCAUUGACAAAGUGCUGGACCAUCGGCCGAAGCCCGAUGUUGAACUCGAUCCUUACUCUGUCCAGAAGAAGGAUUUUGAGUAUUUGAUCAAAUGGCAGGACAAAGCGCAUUACCACUCCACAUGGGAGGAGCACAGUACGAUCGCCUCAUGCAAAGGCUGGCGAAAACUCGACAACUACUUCAAAGGGCCUGUCCUCACCGACAUGCAUGUUCACUCUCGCAAAAAGAUCGAUCCCGAAGAGUUUGAACAGCACAUGGUCACACGCGAAGGGCAACGCGAGAGUCUGCUUGAUUUUCAUGUUGUGGAGCGGGUGAUCGGUUCGCGCGAAGGCGACGAAGAAACAGAGUACUACGUCAAGUGGAAGGGACUGAGCUACGAUAAUUCGACUUGGGAGGCGGCGUCUUUGAUAAGCGAACUCGCGCAGGGCGAGAUCGAUCGGUUCCUUGACCGCCAGACCAACCGACCUGUCUCCGACCCCAAGGAGACCAGCCUGCAGACACGGCGGAAAUACAAACCUCUUGAAGAGCAGCCUGACUAUAUCAAGUUUGGUAAGCUUCGGUCGUUCCAGCUUCACGGGCUCAACUUCCUGGCGCACAAUUGGGUCAGAGGUACCAAUGUUAUCCUGGCCGACGAGAUGGGACUGGGCAAGACUGUUCAGACGGUGUCCUUCAUGAACUGGCUCAAGCAUGACCGACGCCAACAAGGUCCCUUCCUUUGCGUCGUACCCUUGUCAACAAUGCCUGCCUGGGCCGAUACAUUUAACAACUGGACACCGGACAUCAAUUACGUCAUCUACACUGGCGGCAGUGAAGCCCGAAGAAUCAUUCAGGACUACGAGCUUCUUGUCGACGGCAACGAAAAGAAAGUCAAGUUCAACGUGCUCGUGACCACCUACGAGUAUGUCCUUCUCGACUGGCAAUUCCUCUCGAGAAUCAAAUGGCAGUUCCUUGCGGUCGAUGAGGCCCAUCGACUGAAGAACCGUGAAUCUCAACUGUAUGAGAGGCUACUUGGUUUCUCAGCCCCUAGUCGUCUCCUUAUCACCGGUACCCCCAUCCAAAAUACAUUGGGAGAACUGUCGGCAUUAAUGGACUUCCUGAUGCCCGGCAAAGUCACUUUCGAUGAGAAUGUCGACCUCGCAUCGGAGGAUGCUAGUGUCAAGCUUGCUGAGCUUAGCGCUGCCAUCCAGCCGUACAUGAUCCGUCGGACGAAAGAGAAGGUUGAGAAUGACCUCCCACCCAAGUCUGAAAAGAUUCUCAGGGUUGAGUUAUCCGACAUCCAGCUGGAGUACUACAAGAACAUCCUCACUCGCAACUACGAGGCUCUGAAUGAGGGUGGUCAGGGCCAGAAGCAGUCACUUCUCAACAUCGUCAUGGAAUUGAAGAAAGCCAGUAAUCAUGCUCUGCUCUUCCCAAACGCCGAAGCCAAGUUCUUGAAAGAGGGUGCUUCAAAGGACGAGACCUUGAAAACCAUCGUCACCACUAGCGGAAAGAUGAUGCUUCUCGACCGUCUCUUGACGAAGCUGAAAGCCGACGGCCAUCGCGUGCUUAUUUUCAGUCAAAUGGUACACAUGCUGGACAUUCUUACCGACUAUAUGCGCCUCAGGAACUACCAGUUUCAGCGCCUGGAUGGUACCGUUCCUUCAAGUGAUCGCAAGAUCGCCAUCGACCACUUCAAUGCCCCAGGCAGCGAGGACUACUGCUUCCUUUUGUCCACCCGUGCUGGUGGUCUCGGUAUCAACCUGAUGACUGCUGAUACUGUGGUGCUUUUCGACUCGGAUUGGAAUCCUCAGGCUGAUCUGCAAGCCAUGGCUCGAGCCCACCGUAUCGGACAACAAAAGCCUGUCACCGUCUACCGUCUCGUAUCCAAAGAUACUAUCGAGGAAGAAAUCCUGGAACGUGCUCGUAACAAGCGUAUGCUUGAGUUCAUCACAAUCCAGCGCGGUGUGACAGAUCGUCAGCAGAAGGAGCUUAAUGACAAAAUGAGUAAAAUAGGCGCAGAGCCAAGCUCCGCUGACGAUAUCAACAACAUUCUCAAGCGUCGUGGUCAGAAGAUGUUCGAGCAGUCGGGCAAUCAAAAGAAGCUUGAAGAGCUUGACAUUGAUGCCUUGCUUGAAAACGCAGAAGAGCACAAGACAGAACAGGUGGGAGGCCUGACCUCUGAUGGAGGUGAAGAGUUCCUCAAGGCUUUCGAAUACACGGACGUAAAGAUCGAUUUGGAGUGGGAUGACAUCAUUCCCAAGGACGAGCUCGAGGCUGUGAAAGCUGAGAUCCAGCAGCGAAAGGAGGAAGAAGAGACACAAAAGUUGCUGGAAGAGAGUGCACCGAGGAAGCGUAAAGCGCACGCGACAUCCGGAGAGCGCGAACAGCGCGCCGCCAAGAGACGGGCUAGGGAAGCCAUGCCUGGAAGCGAGGACCAGACAGACGAUGAGGGUCCCAAUAGCGACCCGAAGCGUCCCAUGGUCACCAACGAAAUUCGCAAACUCGUUCAUGCUUGUUACCGCUAUGGCUCUUUUGAAGAGCGUGGCGAAGACAUGGUGCGAGACGCAAGGCUCGUUGGGCGCGACCUCGACGUUGUUAAGGCUGCCCUAGACGUGGUGAUUGCCAGGGCUAAAGAAGAGAUUGAGAAGCAACGAGGUGAUAUCAAGAAAGAGGGUGAAAGCAAGCAACUUACUAAGAAGGACAAGAAGGCUGUCCUGUUUGACCACGAAGGUGUCAAGAAGAUCAACGCCGAGACUAUUCUUGAUCGUCCUGUCGAAAUGCGCGUUCUAAAGGAAGCGAUCGCCGCCGGCUCGGAUUGGCGCAACUUCAGAGUUCUUGACGCCAUCAAGCCGGCCAGCUAUUCUUGUCCCUGGGGUGCGCGAGAAGAUGGCAUGCUCAUGAUUGGUAUUAACCGCCACGGAUACGGUGCGUGGGUGCCCAUUCGCGAUGAUCCAGACCUGGGCCUGAAGGAGAAGUUCUUUCUCGAGGAGAACCGUGUGGACAAGAAAGAGGAGCGCACCAAGAAAGAAGAGAAGAACGCCAAGUCGCCAGGCGCGGUUCAUCUCGUGCGUCGUGCAAAUUACUUACUCACGGUCCUAAAGGACAAGGCUGGUGCCGACCCCAAUGCGAAGCGUCUCAUGGAGAAUCACCAUCGCAACAACAAGAAGCACUUGAACGCUGCGCGUCGUGUGGAGAAGGCGUCGAGCGUCUCGGCCAGUCCCGCUCCGUCCGCAUUGCGCAAGGCCAUCUCUCGCGAUUCCGAGAGAACUCCUCACCGCGUCAGCGUCAGCGACAAUCGCCAUUCGGAGCGACCUGAGAGCCGCCAGCGCGACAAAGCCACUCCGGACCAGAGACACCGCCAGAGCGAUCAGUACCGCCCAUCCGAGACCAAUCGCAAAGAACAUCGCAGGGACCGUGAAAGCAUCGACCGGCGUCCUCAGCAUACCAGCACACCCGAGAUCCGUCGCAAGAUCAGCGAUGUGGCCGAUCGUCCUCGACACUCGGAAGAACGACCUCGACACAACGACAAGCUCCACUCUUCGCAUGGCCAUGCGAACGGUCACAUUAGCCACGCGUCAGGUGUCAACUCUCCUUCUAACAAACUGAAGGACUCAAAGACGGACCCAGACAUGGAGAGGGCUUUGAAACAGGUGCAUGACAAUCUGGGACGCCUAAAGAAGGCCACUACGAAGAAUUACCCGGACAAGCAAAAGCUCGUCAAGGUGCUCAAGAAGGAGCUUAUAGCGGUUGGCAACCACAUCAACACGCACAUGCGGACGAAUCCUGCGCGAGGGGAUGAGCUCUGGAAAUACACGGUGAGCAACUAUUGGCCGCGGCCUGACGCGACGGUGGAGAAUGUGCAGGGCAUGUACAAGAGAAUGGUAUCGUCGGAAUCGGGGGUCAAGCCGCAGACGGCCCCUGAACCAGCCAAGACCAACGGGCAAGCCAACGGCACUUGAUGCUCCUGUUGGAGCGAAAUAGCACGAUGCGUAGCGGCUCACACACACGCAAACAACGACACUAGAAGAGGCUUUCGGGCCCAUUGAUGACGAUCACUUGAUGGCAUAGCGAAGGCGUUGUGGGAUUUCACAUUGUUGGCGCAGAGGCCGUUUGGUCUCAGUUUCUUUCUGCAUACACGAACCUCAUUGAAGACCGGCACGCCGGCGAGUAGAUGCACGGGUCUUUCAUGUUUCUGGCGCAAAACCAUCGCGGCAUAAAACGACUGGGAGGGGUCGAUUGUUCAGCAUUUACGGGCGGGUACGGGUCUUGCAUCCUAUUCUGGCGCGAUGCAGGUUCGCAUCGUCGCAGUGGCAUCAUCUUGUGUAGGCUUCGGCGCCUCAUUGAUAGCAUAUACAUAGCCCAACAGCCGCGGUGCCUAGCAGAUAGCCGACAGAUGUUGCUAGAUGGCACGGGUAUCGUAU